UUUAUCUCUCUCUAAACCCAACCCAACCCAAUCGUUUCUUUCACAAAUACAUAUAUAAUCAUGGCCUCUUCUUCUCAAAACCCAAUUGAUGACGAGUCAAUUGAUGAAGUUUUCGAUCAAUAUUUUGAUCAAUAUCUUGAUCAAACAUAUCAGAAUCUGUUAAAUGCUCGAAGUGAUCAAGCAGAUGAAAGAAGGACAAGAAAAAAACGAGUUUUUAUCGAACGAAACCGUGAAGAAGGCCAUCUCCGGUUAUGGAACGAUUAUUUCAGUGACACUCCUACAUAUCCUGAAAAUCUAUUCAGACGACGAUUUAGAAUGAAGAAGCCAUUGUUCCUGCUUAUUGUAGAUCGCCUUUCCAAUGAAGUUGAAUUUUUUCGUCAAAAGCAAGACGUUACCGGAAGACUUGGUCUCUCUGCACUUCAAAAGUGUACAGCAGCUAUUCGGGUGUUGGCAUAUGGUUCUGUGCUUGAUGCGGUCGACGAAUACCUCCGGCUCGGUACAACCACUACUCGGUUAUGUGUGGAAAAUUUUGUGGAAGCAAUAAUAGAUUUGUUCGGUGAUGAGUACCUACGAAAACCAACACCGGCUGAUCUUCAGCGUCUACUUCAUAUUGGAGAGCUUCGUGGGUUUCCUGGAAUGGUAGGAAGCAUCGAUUGUAUGCAUUGGGAGUGGAAGAAUUGUCCCACCGCUUGGAAAGGCCAAUAUUCUCGUGGUUCGGGAAAACCCACCAUCGUUUUAGAGGCGGUUGCUUCAUAUGAUCUCUGGAUAUGGCAUGCGUUUUUUGGACCUCCAGGUACCUUAAAUGAUAUUAAUGUUCUUGAUCGCUCACCUGUUUUUGAUGAUAUAAUAUAUGGUCGAGCCCCGCAAGUGAAUUUCUCGGUCAACGGAAGAGAGUACGAUUUGGCUUACUAUCUCACCGAUGGUAUUUAUCCAAAAUGGGCAACUUUUAUCCAAUCUAUUCCAAUUCCCCAAGGACCGAAAGCAGUUUUAUUUGCGCAACGUCAAGAAGCUGUCCGAAAAGAUGUCGAGCGUGCUUUCGGAGUUUUGCAAGCUCGAUUUGCCAUUGUCAAAAAUCCCGCUCUUUGUUGGGAUAAAGUCAAGAUUGGAAAGAUUAUGAGAGCAUGUAUCGUACUCCAUAAUAUGAUUGUAGAAGAUGAAAGAGAUGAAUACCCUCGAUAUGAUGUUUCAAAUUUCCAACAAGGAGAAGGCAGCGGAAGUUCACAUGUCGAUCUCAACUAUUCCACAGAUAUGCCAACAAAUAUCGCCAAUCAGAUGGGUGUUCGAACAAGAAUUCGUGAUAGACAAGCACAUCAACAACUAAAAGGUGAUUUGGUUGAACAUAUAUGGCGUAAAUUUGGACGUGAUCAAGACAACAACUGAACUUCUAUGUUUCUUUCAAAUUAUUUUCGUUUAUUUUUCUACUAUUUGUUUUCAUGUUUUCAUGAUUCUAUUUCAAAAUCUUAGUUUAAAAUGUUAUGUUUGACUUUCUUUUAUUUAAUAAAUAAUUUAAAUUUUUGUUUAAAACUUUAUGUUUAAAGAUAAUAAUAUUUUUUAAUUGUUAAGAACCUUAAUUAAGAGACCACCAAUAAACCACUAUAAUUAAGUGUCUCUUAACAAAAUCCCUUAUCUUAAUUUUAAUAGUAAAAAAAUCACUAAGGGACACUUAAGGGUUCCACCAAUGUACAUGCUCUAAUAGCGCCGGAAGUAUAGUGUAUAUGAUUUUGAACUUCCAUAUUAGUCUACAAGAAUCACUUUGAAAGUUAAAAGUAAUCGUUAUAGCAAAUUAAGUUCCACACUUUUACCAAAAAAAAAAAAAGUUUUUACACUUUGACAAGUUGUAUAGUACCGUCUCUUUAACGUCACACAAAUAAUGUCUACUAGAUUUUGACUCGCGCUUCAAAAACACAUAUUUAUUUUUAGAAACAAAUAAAUACUUCUUAUAUGAAUUUCUAUAUAAGAAAGUGUAUAAGUCUGGACAAAUAUAUCCGAAAUCGAAGAACGGAACCGUGCCAAACCAAAAUAUCAAAAUCAAAAUUAAAACAAAUUUCAUAAAUAAUCGAACAAAUCCUAUAUUUUAAGAAUAAAAAAACUGAACCGGACCCAAAUCAAAAACCGAAUGAGUAUCCAAAGUUUUAAAAUACAAAUUGUAAAC